GUCCUUCACUUGGUAGAAUUGCAAUUGCGAAAACCGCACUACCUCACCGUUCCCAACCACCACUUCAUCUACCUUUCCUCUCUUCAAAUUCUCAUCACACCCCAAAACUCCUUUUUCCUUUUUUUUUUUUUUUUUUUUUUUUUUUUUUAAAUUAUUUAUUUCGAUUCAUAACUCUUCGCUGUAUCGAACUGUUUCAGUUUCAAUAAUGCACCGCGCCCCCACUUUCUCUCUCUAGAGGGCUCAAUCCGCCAUGUCAUCACAAACCGCCGCCACGGAGGCGCUGGACUCCCACGCGCCGCUGCUCCGCCCCCGCCACGACACCUCGCGGACUCCCGCGCUUGCGCUCCUCCUCGGGCGUGUCGGCCGCCGCGGGCCCUCCAUGCUCGUGCGGGAGACGGCGGCGCGCGAGCUCGAGGAGCGCCGCGCCGACUGGGGCUACUCCAAGCCGGUGGUGGCGCUCGACAUGUCGUGGAACAUGGCCUUCGUCGUCGUCUCGGCGGCGAUGCUAGCUUGCACCACCCACGAGAGCCCGAACACGCCGAUCCGCGUCUGGAUCAUCGGCUACGCGCUGCAGUGCCUCGUACACGUGCUGCUCGUGUGGCUCGAGUACCGGCGCCGGAGCCGCCGGGAAUCGCGCCGCGGCCAGAGGCCGCAGGACGUGGGGAGCGACGCUGGUAGCGACGCCGGCAGCGACGACGGAGAUGGGAGCUCUGGAAGCUCGUCUCGCUCCAGAUUCACUAAACGAUGUGAAUCAUUAAAUACUGGAGUUUCAUUCCUCUGGUGGAUAGUGGGCUUUUACUGGGUUGUCUCUGGUGGUGAUAUACUUCUGCAAGAUGCCCCACGAUUGUACUGGUUGGCUGUUGUCUUUCUGGCAUUUGAUGUGUUUUUUGCCAUCUUUUGUGUUGUCUUGGCCUGCUUGAUUGGCAUUGCUCUUUGUUGUUGUUUGCCCUGCAUCAUUGCUAUUCUCUAUGCUGUGGCAGGACAGGAAGGCGCAUCAGAAGCAGAUCUUAGCUUACUUCCAAAAUAUAGAUUUCAAAUAUUAAGCAAUGAGGACAAGCCUAGUGGCGGAGCUGGAUCAAUGGUUCCCAUAGAAACCAGCAGCGCUUACUUGGCAAAUGAACGGACACUUUUACCCGAGGAUGCGGAGUGCUGCAUAUGCCUGUGUUCAUACGAGGAUGGAGCAGAGCUCCAUGCUCUUCCCUGCAACCACCAUUUCCAUUCUUCAUGCAUAGUGAAAUGGCUGAAGAUGAAUGCAACUUGUCCUCUCUGCAAGUACAAUAUUCUCAAGGGAAACGAACAAGUGUGACAGAAAAGUGAAAAGCCUACCAAUCGGGUGUUUCCAAGCUGUUGUGUAAUAUGUAUAUAUAAUUUAAAGACAAGAAACAGUUUACUUCCGAGCUCGCCGGAUUUUGAUUCGUUGUUUAGAUUAGCGGUUUUUGUAGAGAAAAGAUAUAUAUAGAGUAUUUAUUGAUGAAUAAGUUAGCGACUGUAUCCAACCUAGCAUUAUUUCGUCCUUUGUUAGAUUCACUUUGUCCAAUUUAUGGAUUGUUUAUUGGUUUUCUGAUGGGAACGUGAUUGUUUCAUUUGCUACUGGUUGAGUAAUCAUAGGGUUUUUUACCCCCCCUUUUGAUCGU